AUGAAGGAAAAGAACUACUUGUUCCAGACUAUUGCCAGAACCGUCUUACAAACAAUUCUUGACACUGGAUCUGCCAAAGACAUUUGGGAUUCAAUGAAGAAGAAUUACCAAGGAUCAGAUCGCAUUCAGCAUGCACAAUUACAGGCCCUCAAGAGAGACUUUGAGGUGCUUAACAUGAAGGCAGGAGAAUCGAUGAAUGGUUAUUUCUCUCGUACAUUAACCAUUGUCAACAAGAUGCGACAAUACAAAGGCAAGGAUCUCAAUACUAUUUCAAUUGAUGAACUCCAAAGUAACUUGUUGGUUCAUAAACAACGUAUGAAUGUACAUGUUGAAGAAGAACAAGCUCUGAAAGUUACAUAUGGCGAAUCCUCAAGAAGAAGAGGACAUGGUGGAUUUCUUGGUCGAGGAAGAGGACGAGGACGAUACAACUUUGAUAUGUAUGCAAUUGAAUGUUUUGGGUGCCACAAUCUUAGACAUUUCCAGUAUGAAUGUCCACACAAGACUGAAGAGAAGGCAUACUAUGUCGAGACAGGAGAAGAGAUGUUGUUGAUGUCCUAUAAAGAUGAAGCAGUGAAGGAUCAUGAUGAGGUUUUCACAGGUGUGUUCUAUGUCCUAGAUUUGACAAAUAAUCUGCUGAGCAUUGGAAAACUUGUUGAUAAAGGUCUGAGAAUAGUGAUUGAACAAGGAAGAUGCGAGAUAUAUCAUCCUCACAGGGUUAUGAUCAUGCAUAUUUCAAUGUCUUCCAAUCGAAUGUUCAAGCUAUAUGCAAACGUAAAGCGUAAAGAGAAUAUGUGUUUUUCUGUUACUGAAGAUGUAGCUAAACUAUGCAUCGAUGAUGGCAAUGACGAUGUUUAA